AUGGACUCUAUUUAUAAUGACGUUAAGGGAAUGAAGAAAGGUAGCGGGCGCAAGCAUGGCGGCCUCUACGACUACGAUAUCGACAAGUUGAUGCAGCCAUACGCCAAGGAUGGGUUUGAGGGCGUCAUCGCGAGUGAUCAACUGGAUGAGCUGAAGCCCAAGCACAUGUCGUUCAUAAUGAAUCUCGACAAGAGCAGUCAGCCGGGCAGUCACUGGGUAACUUGUUACAUUGAUGCUAAGGGCGACAAGUCGAUCGAGUACUACGACUCGUUUGGUGAUGACCCGAGCACUGACUUCCUGCGGCGAAUGAAGCAGCUGGUUGCUGAGAUCGACCCAGACGUGUAUCUCAAGUUCAAAGUCAACAAGAUUGUGGAUCAGGCAGUCAACACCGACACCUGCGGAUACCAUGCCAUGCGCUUCCUGUUGAACAGAUUUCGCGGCGUGCCGUUCAAAGAGGCGACUGGCUACAGUGAUGUGAGGAGGGAGGAGAAGGCAGCGAGAGAGAUGAGAGAGAGAUACAAGAAGUUUGGUUAUUUGUGA